AUCGAUGAGAAAAACACGCGGAUGAGAGCGCGUCGCGAAUAUAAUCGACGUUUGAUGACGUAUCUUUUAAAGAUCAAACGACAGUUGCGCGAAGAACGCAGCUUCCUUGAAAGGUUGAGUUAUAUUGACAUUUAAUAUAACGACAUUUAAUUCCUUUCACCGAUCAUCGGAAGAUGGAGAGACGCGCGAAAGGACACGCGAUGAUGGAGUAUCUUUUUACAAUCUGACAUCCUUGAUUCUCGACUGUCUCCGGAAUCCUAUUGUUUUUUGUACAAUUCAACCUGCAUAAGAUCACAAAAGUAAAUUAAAAAGCACGUUCCACACGCGAAAUCGAUCGUUGCGGUGCAGAAAUAAACUUCUAUAAUUGCGAUUGGAAUCUGCUCCGAUAAAAAUUUCAUCACUGGCCGAAAUAAUAUUCGUUUUUAAAUAAUAAAGACGCUGUUCAACAAAUGAGCUCGAUACUCAAAAUAAAAAUAUUACGUUGUCAUAAAUAUAUAUUAAAUUUUAGUUAAAUAAAUGUUAUAUCGUCUUGAGCGUACCGGUACUAAAUUUCUGUAGUAAAAACAAAAUUAUAUAUAAAAAUACGCAUUACGUGUUUACGAGAGCGUGGACUUAAUCGAAUCACGAAGCGAGUUUCAAAUGACCAAAAAGCGCGCGAGCACAUUAUGUAAUCCCAUGUUGUUUACGUUGCGCGAUUUCUGCGCGGAUUGAUUACAACGAAAUGUGUAUAUUAGCUUUCCUUUUUUUUUUUUUCCACAAGGAACGCGCAAAAUCAUCCGCUUGAUUAUAUAAGCGCGAUUUUAAUUACAACUCAGUUGCAGUUCGAAAACACAUCCUUUUCCCUAGCGUAACGCAAAAUUGCGAACGACGAGCGAUCGGUUUGCGCGCGCGUGUGUGCGUGUGUGUGUGGGGGCGUGUGUGUGCGCUCGCUGGCGAGACGACGAGUGUAAUAACUAGUCUAACAAUUUUGAGACACGGAAAAGAGAGACGGAGAAAGUGCAUCCUGGCGAGGAAAAGUAUAAAAUUACGGUGAAUAAAUAAUUGCGACGAAAAUGCGUCGCGAGGAAGCGCGUCACGGGUGUGAAGAAACAUCGCAAAUUGGUGUCGCGAAAUUUGCGCGCUAACGGCGCGAAUUAAUGAAACGAUUUCGGAAAUGUUUCUCUCAGAAUUUCUCGUCCUCUCAACCAAAAUUAUCCCGUCUCCGAGCGUAUCUCACGCGCAAUUACAUUUAACGUGCAAUAUUGUUUAUAUAUAAUUAACAUUAAGUAAUUAUAAUUACUUUAUAAUUACUUAAGUGAUAAUUACUUGAGUGAAGUAUAAUUUUUCGUGCAAUUACACGCGUCGUUGAAAUUAAACUCACAUUUCGACGGGGAAAUAAAAUCGCCACGAAAUUCCUUUCGUUAUACCGACACGCGCUCACGUACGUAACGAACAAACGAACGGUGAAACCUUCGGUAAGAGCCGAUAAAAAAAAAAAAAAACUAUAUAAAAUUAUGCAAUAUGCCCACGUUGCAUAAUUUUCGCGGCGCGGCCGCGGUACGGCGAAUGUCAUCGCCGCGAGCGGCAAUAUAAAGAACACGUCGAAAUUCCGCGUGACGGCGCGAUAUCGCUGAAAUUUCCGACGCUCGUUAGAAGAUCGAUCGGAGGAGACACACGCAUGACGACACACGGAAAUUCACCUGGCGAACCAGAAAUUUCGCGCGAUUUCCUCAAGGUCACGCCGUCGAGAGCUUUCAUCGAGAGCGAACCAGUUUACUUCCGAUCGAAUAUAAUAUAAUAAAAAUUUCACGCUCCUGUUCCUUCUCUCGGAGGAUCUCCCGCGCGAGAUUCCCCCUGCGCGUGAAAGUUCUGACGUAACUCUCGCCCCCGCUUGAACGAAACGCUAAUUAGAGACGAUUGUGCAACGGAAACACAACUCGCCGCAGCUUGAGGUUCGCACCUGCGAUCAAUCAAGGGAAUCUUGUACCGGUGUUACACGCGCGGAUGAUAAUCUACGAAGUACCGGUUUCGUUCACGCUCGGCUGUUAAACCGAUUCGGCGCGCGAUGUUAAUUACACACAUAUAUACACACACACACACAUAGGAAAAAAAAAACGCGCUUUUCCGUGUUGCUAAACUUAUCUCGUGUUCGAGGAGCGCGACGCGAUGAUACAAUUGAUUUCACGAUACGAUGCGCUCUGUUGAAAUUGUCUCGCGAUUGUUUCGUCUCUCAACCCGCGCUUUGACGAAUCCGGCGACGAGUCCGAAUCGGUCGCGCUCGGAACCGCGCGUCCGCAGGUCUAACAAGCAAUUAGCAAAAUCACAUCACAGGGAUAAAAAAAAUCGUCGGUCCUUGGUAAUUCCGCGGUGGAAAGUCGCGGAAGAGAGAGACGCUGCCUCACGCUGUUUAAUUACUUCCUCGAUUUUUGAAAAGAAAAAAAAAAGGAGAAAGACACACACACGAGAGUGUGUCUCCGCGUCUCUCUCUCUCUCUCUCUCUAUCUCUCGGCAAGCCGCGCUGCAACAUUCCAAUGAGAUUUCUAUGUAACUGCAAUCAAUAUGAAAUAACAUAAUGGAGACGGAGAGUAAAUGUCUAUGUUCGCGCGCUCGCGCGAGAGGCGAAAGAGAGAAACGAAAAGAGAAAAGACCGUUUUUGCUUUCCGCGACGCGGAGAGCAUUCGUAUGUGCGUGCCGGGCGUGUGUGUUUUUUUUAUUCCGCGCACGUGUCGUCAUAUCCUAGGACCUGCCGCCAGGGACAAUGCCAUUGCCAUAGUGAAACAGUGAAAGUAUGGUCAUUUUGCCCUCGUCCGACUCUUCCCACUUGUGCUCGCGUGCACGCACGACAUGCACGCACGCAUCGACACCUCACGAAUAGUCCCGUUUUGAACGUCGUCGUCGUCACUCCGUCCGUUUCUCGCGACUCGGUGAAAUUUAUUUAUUAUCUCUCGGUACCCGCGCCGAAGAUGAGAUGUGAGAUUCUCCGUCGUUCGUGCGAUCGUCAAUUCACGCGCGAUGCGGAUUCUCCUAGGAAGCGUCGUCUGUCUUCUGUCGGUGGUGAGCGCGAGGACCGCGAUAAUGCCUCCGCCGUGGGCCGAUCCCGCGAGCAAUCCGUGCGCCGCGCAACCGCGCGGCUGGCAGUUGCUCUACUGGCCGGCCGAUGGAAAGUGCUACAAAAUAUUCCAGAUCGGCGCUCCGUGUCCGGAAACCAUGGAAUUGGCGCCCGCCGCGGGCGACGGAACUACCGCGGAAUGCAGAUGUCCUCCGGGCACCGCUCAGUCGCCCAGAGACGCGCUCUGCCAUCCGAUAUUCACGAGAGCGUCCUGCACCAAGGGUCAGUUCUUCGCGCCGGUUCCCGUCGCGCCUGGUAAAUCGAGUUCGAGGAAACGAUGGGGAAUCUGUCGCGAUCCCGAGCCCUGCGCCGAGCAGAGCGAGAUCUACUGGCCGAGGGACGACAAGUGUUACCCGAGACUCAGCAGAGGACCCUGCCCGCGCGGCGAGCUUCUCGUCACGGGCGAGGACGGGCUGGCGAUCUGCUCGUGCUCGACAAUCGGCGAAUUGAGCAGAUAUCACUGGCUGGGCGGCAACGGCGGCUGCCACGAGCACUACACCAAGGGCCCGUGUUCGGAACCGGGGGAACUGUUUCUGCCCGGCGGCACGUGCGGCUGUAACUCUCAACUACCUCACUAUCACGAAUCAAGUGGAAUGUGUUACCAAUUAGGAAGCGUCGGUCCGUGUCCGCAGGGACACCACUUCGUGGUGACCUCGGACCCCCGAUCGUCGCAGGAGGACGUUGUGCGCGCGAGAUGUGUGUGCAAGUCUGGUCACGUGUUGUACAAGGACGGAGUCUGCUAUCGACUGCACACGAGGGGACCUUGCGAGGACGGCCACAUGCUGAUUAACUCGACGACCUGUGUGCCCGUGCCCUGCAAGCGCGGCAGGCUCUACUUUCCCCAAGAGAAGACCUGCUACAAGAUCGGCACCAGGGGACCGUGUCCGAACGGUCAGAUCGUCCUAUACGAUUACAACGUGAGGCCGUCCCUCGACGGGAUCAGUUACAACGGGGUGUGCGGCUGCACCAACGUCUUGCGAGACACCGGUAGAUGCGUGACGGACGACAGCGACGACUGCGAGAGCACGCCGGGCAUGGUCAUGAUCAACCGAAUCUGUUACAAACUGUACACGCAGGGUCCGUGCUCCGCGGGCGAAUGGUUGGUCGCUCAAAGAAUGCCGAGAAGUUUGAGUCUUUGGCAAGACGGCGAGCCGCGCAAGCCGAAGGCCAGAUGCGAAUGCCGACCCGGCUACAAGAGAAUCGUCGAGACCUCGAAUGAGGCUGCGGACGAGUUGCUGGAGAGCAACAGUCUGAUCUCAUCGAACGGCUGCCAGCCGCCGGCGGUGAGCCUGGCGAAGUUUCUCAACGACAAUGUCAAGUUGAGAAUAGUCUGAAUAGCUCAGUGAAUCGUUGUGCGCUAAACUCGCGAUACAUUUGAUUAUUUACUUAAUGAUGAUGAAACAGUGUGAGAUGUGUUCAGUUAAGACAAUGGGUUCUGUACGAAUUAUCUUUUAUAGUCGUUUAAGCUUAUCAUUUAGUUGAGCGAAGUCUGUAUUUAUUGCGCUCUGUGUAUCGAGCGUUAUGUAAAUAUCGUUUAGCGUGACCAUGACCACUUGUAAAACUUAAAGUCUCUCUCUCUCUCGAGAGAGAGAGAGAGACAGAGAAAUGUGCCACUUUUUAUAGAAACGACCUAACGGAGAAGAGAAUUAUAAUAAACAAAAUUUUUAGA